CUCUCUUGUGACACCAAACCACAAGGCCAACUCUCAGAAGGCAGAGCUUCGCCAUGCCCAGCCCAGCACUUCUGUGUUUCCUGGUCUUCCUGGCCGGGGUAGGAGCCAGCCGACACCAGAGCACCCUGUCUGAGGACAACUGCACCCACUUCUCAGUCAGCCUGCCCCACAUGCUCCGAGAGCUCCGAGCUGCCUUCGGCAAGGUGAAGACGUUCUUUCAAACCAAGGACGAGCUGCACAGCAUAUUGUUGACUAGGUCCUUGCUGGAGGACUUUAAGGGUUACCUGGGUUGCCAAGCCUUGUCCGAGAUGAUCCAGUUUUACUUGGAGGAGGUGAUGCCCCAGGCUGAGAACGAGGACCCAGACAUCAAACAGCACGUGAACUCCCUGGGAGAAAAGCUGAAGACCCUCCGGCUGAGACUGCGGCGCUGUCAUCGAUUUCUGCCCUGUGAAAACAAGAGCAAGGUGGUGGAGCAGGUGAAGAGUACCUUUAGUAAGCUCCAAGAGAAAGGUGUCUACAAAGCCAUGGGUGAGUUUGACAUCUUCAUCAACUACAUAGAAGCUUACAUGACAAUGAAGAUGAAAAUCUGAAACAUGGUGGGGAACGAAACAUCCAGGAUGCAACUCUUCUGGACUCUAGGACAUAAAUUGGAGAUCUACAAAAUCCUACUCAGGGAUAUGGGAGAACCAAACAGCUCCUUGGAGAACCCGGUCAUACCUCUCUCUUAGAAUAUUUAUUACUUCUGAUACCUCAACUCCCAUUUGUAUUUAUUUACUGAGCUUCUCUGUGAACUAUUGAGAAAGAAGCCCAAUAUUAUAAUUUUUUUCAAUAUUUAUUUUUUUUCACCUGUGUGUGUGUAAGCUGUUUAUGUAGGGUGAUACCCUAUGAUAUUUGAGUAUUUUAAGAGAAAUUGUAACUUAUAUAAGGAAAAAAAUGUUUCUUGGGGAGCCUACUGAUGCUUCCAUUCCAAGCCUGACCAUACUUAUAGCUGUUGAGCUAUUGUUCCUGACUUCCCUAUAAUUUCUCUGGGCCUGGGGUUCCUAGAGUAUUGUAAAGACUCUUACCCUCUUAGGAGGAGAAACUAGGGAGCCCCUUUGAUCAUUAAUAUUCCAGUGGCUCAGAGGGAUUCCCUUGACCUCAUUCCCCAACCUCUUCAUUCUUGAAAGCUGUGUCCUGCUUGUUAUUUUAUAACAACCUAAAGUUGGUUCUAAUAGAACUCAGUUUUAACUAGAAGCAAUUCAAUUCCUCUGGGAAUGUUACAUUGUUUGUCUGUCUUCAUAGCAGAUUUUAAUUUUUAAUAAAUAAAUGAGUCUUAUUAAAAUUAUGUUAUGGCAUCA